AUGUCAGCAGCAGCAGACUACAAAUCAGCGCACCGGGACGAUGAGCCCAAGGCCGUGCUUGAAGCCCUUGAGCACGUUUCAGAGGCCGACCGCAUGCUGGUCCACUUCCCCAUCCUACAGGACAAGUCCCACGAGGAGUUGGAACUGUUGAACAAAGCCGUCCUGCGCAGGCUGGAUUGGUACUUUCUGCCAUGUGUGACAAUGAUGCUCCUUAUGAGUUACCUCGACCGCAUCAACGUCUCAAAUGCCCGUUUGGCUGGCAUGCAAGAGGACCUGCACAUGUCUGAUACGACCUGGUCAGCCGGGAUCUCGCUCUUUUACGUCGGGUACAUCAUCUCCCAGGUCCCCGCCAACGUCUUCAUCGCCAAGGGGAAACCGAGUAUUCUGAUGCCCUCAAUCAUGCUGGCGUGGUCAGCGGUCACGCUCUGCAUGCCCGCGCUGACCUCCGGCUGGGGGUUCUGUCUCUGCCGAUUCCUGGUCGGCUUCACCGAGGGUCCUUUUAUCCCUGCUGUUUCUCUCCUCACCUCGUCCUGGUACACGAAGAAGGAGUCCCCACUGCGAAUGGGGAUCUGGCAUGCAGGCAAUAUCAUCUCCAAUGUGUUCUCUGGUCUCCUGGCCGCUGCGAUCCUCACCAACAUGGAUGGAAUAGCGCGUCUUCGUUCAUGGCAGUGGUUCAUUCUGCUUGAGGGAAUAGUAAGUGUGCUUGUCGCCGUGGCGGCAUAUCGUUUCCUGCCGAAUUUCCCGGAUAACACCAGUCGCCGCUGGUUCUCUGAGGAGGAGGCGGCCAUGGCGCAGUAUCGGCAGUUGAUCUCUGCCGGGGGAAUACACGAGGGCGCAGAAGGGCAGGGCGAUUACUGGGGAGGAGUGAUACUGGCGGCCAAAGACCCAUUUACCUGGUUUUUCGCCGCCAUCCAUUUCUCGCUGAUCAUUGCACAGUCAUUCAAGGAUUUUUUCCCCUCGAUUGUCGAGACACUUGGAUUCAGCGAAGUCGUCACCUAUCUCGUGCAGGCGCCGCCCUAUGUGAUUGCAUAUUUUGCAACUCUGGCUAUCUCCUGGUCAUCUGGAAGACUUCUGGAGCACUGUUGGCACAUCAUUGUCCCGAUUCUGGUUGCCCUCGGCGGCGCAGUGCUCAUGAUAUCCACACUGAACGUGGGAGCCCGCUAUUUCAGUCUCAUUCUGCUCUGUACCGGCCCAUUUGUUGGCCUUAAUAUCCAAAUCUCUUGGGAGACAACCGUCGUGCCGCGGCCAAGGACUAAACGGGCGGCGUUGAUCGCGAUUGCCAACUGCGUGUCUUCUAUCUCGCACUGGUUCACGCCGUACUUUUUCCUUACCUCCCAAGAACCACGAUACCAAACUGGUGGAGGAAUAAUCAUUGCGGGAUGUGGACUCACGGCUAUAUUCUGUCUUCUGGCGAGAUGGUGGUGCGUGAGGAAGAACAAGCAGCUGGACGAGGCAGAGGCGGCGACAGGCGAUGUCACAGACUGGAGAUAUGCUACUUGA